UCGGCGUAAAUUCGACAGCUGUUUGCAUUGUUGUUAUGCGUAGUUCAUUUUUUUUAAAUCUUUCCGAUUUUGUUAGAUGCCCUGAGGAGUGGAAACAUUCAGGUUCAAGUUUGAUUCUAUACGAUAUCAUGCCGCAAGGACGUAGAAAGGUUCCCUUUAGCGGAAAACAAAAGAAACUUCAAUUGGUAGCUAAAAAGCAGGCAAAAUCGGGUACAUCUCACAAUAUAAUUCGUAAAUUACGGGAUGAGGAGUCAAGCGACAUUAGUGAGGACAGUGAUUUUCCCAAAUCGUUCGGCGCUGCUGUCGAAAAGAUCAAUCUGCAGCCUCUGCGAGAUCCUCAAAGCAAAGCAAACCGGUACGUGUUACAGUUUCAUCGUGAAACAGCAAAGGAGUUACGUGAAUUAAAAGAAGAAGCCCUCAAGGCACUUAAACCGUGUCAGCCGGAAGAUGUUGAGUUGGGCGAUAACUAUUAUGUUGGAUACGACUUUCCUAAGCGACCAGAAUGGAAUUUCGAAAUGUCGAAAGAGCAGCUGGAUGCAAAUGAGAAUCGAUACUUUUUUAAAUACAUCACUUAUUUGGAAAAGAUUCAUUAUGAUGACAUGAAAUCUUUGAGUUUCUGUGAACUAAAUCUGGAAACAUGGCGACAGUUGUGGAGAGUAUUGGAAUUAUCUGACAUAGUAUUGGUUAUUGUUGACGCCCGUUUUCCGACACUAAUGUUCCCUCCUGCACUAUAUCAGUAUGUUACGGAAGACAUCGGAAAAGGGAUGAUUCUAGUAAUGAAUAAGAUAGAUCUUGUGGAAUCCGAAGUAGUUUUGGCGUGGAAACGAUAUUUUGAAGAGAAGUACAAAGAUAUCAAAAUUGUGCUCUUUACAUCCUACCCAUCGUAUAACCUUCGUGGCAAACAAGAGAACAAACACGGACUGAAAAUACGUCGUCGUAAAGGUCGCAUGCGAAUGGCCGCUGAAGGAGCGCAGCAGAUUUUCAACAUUUGUCGGGAGUAUGUCGGAGAUGAGGUAGAUCUGAACUCUUGGCAGCAGAAAAUUUUGGAAGAGCGAAGUGCCUCUUCUAUGGACGUAGAUGACGAUGAUGAAAAAGUGGAAUCUGAGAGGACUCACGAAGAAGAAAAAGAUUUUUCUUUCGAGGAGCUCGUCAAAUUUAAGGAUGGUGUGCUAACCAUUGGUUGCGUAGGAUUUCCCAAUGUAGGAAAAUCUUCUCUGCUCAACGCAGUAAUGGGUAAAAAAGUUGUGUCUGUGAGCAGAACUCCAGGGCACACGAAGCAUUUUCAAACUAUAUUUCUCACAAACACUGUCCGCCUCUGCGACUGUCCUGGACUUGUGUUUCCGUCGGCAGUUCCCAGAAAGCUGCAAGUGCUCAUAGGUAGCUAUCCGAUCGCUCAAUUGCGUGAACCGUACGCAUCAGUAAGGUAUCUUGCGGAAAGGUUAGAUUUACCGACGCUUCUCGGUUUAAAACACCCGGAAAAUGAUGCCGUCGAUGGUUGGUCUGCCAUAAACGUGUGCGAUGCUUGGGCAAUCAAGCGAGGUUUUCUAACAGCAAAAACAGCUCGACCGGACACAUACCGUGCCGCCAAUAGCAUUUUACGAAUGGCUUUGGAUGGGAAGAUAACUUUGUCCCUCAAACCGGUCGGGUUUUAUCAAAUGCAAAAUCGUCUUCAAGUAGAUCCGGAGCUCGUUUUGAUUAAGGAAAUUCAAUCGUUAGCUGACAGAAACGACCGGGAGAAAGAGGACGAUGACGAUUUGUUGUCGGAUACGGACACAGAAGAUUUGGCUGAAGCGGCCAGCAAUGAUGCGGACAACGAAGAAGACGAGGAAGGUAAUUCAACCAUAUCGCCGGUCGGUUCUAGUGCGUUGAAUCCGUUUGCACUACUUGGUAGUCCAGAGUGAUAUCCAAGAUAGUGAUACUCGUUAUGUGAAUAUAGUGGAUUUAAUGUUUUAACUAUGCACAUUUUCAAACUUUAUCAACGUUUUGAUGUGAGAUGAACUAGCGAGAGUAGAAUACCGACUAUUGAUCAGAUGGUAAAUGUUUGUUAUAUAUUUAUUGUUAUGUCACGGUUUAUAUGUCUUUGCAAUAAAACACAACAACAGCUCUUAAAA